CCUGGAAGCUCAACACACAUCUGUCAUCACUACCCAACUCGACCUAACUAGCAGAAAAAUGGCUCCCAUCGCCGUUGGUGACGUCAUCCCCGAUGGUAAGGUAUCUUACUUCGACGAGCAAGAUCAGCUGCAGAGCGUCUCAGUACACUCACUUGCUAAGGGCAAGAAGGUCAUUAUUUUCGCCGUUCCUGGAGCUUUCACUCCCACUUGCAGCACGAAGCAUGUGCCUGGAUUUAUUGAAAAGGCUGACGCGUUGAAGUCAAAAGGCGUCGUCGAAAUCCUUUGCAUCAGUGUCAAUGACCCCUUUGUGAUGAAGGCCUGGGCAAAAACUUACCCUGAGAACAAACAUGUAAAAUUCCUUGCCGAUGGAGCUGGACAAUACACCCAUGCCCUUGGGCUGGAGCUUGAUCUGUCGGAGAAGGGGCUUGGUGUUCGAUCACGAAGGUAUGCUCUUUUGGUUGAGGACCUUGAGGUGAAAGUAGCUAACAUUGAAUCUGGAGGGGAGUUCACGGUUUCCGGUGCUGAUGAAAUUCUCAAGGCUCUUUAAGUUUAUAACUGCCUCCCAAGUAUUCUGGCUCUACAAUUAGCUUCUGGAAUCUAUGCCAAUAAUGCCUUUCGAUAUAUCUGUACUCGCUUUUGUGCCAUAAUAUCAAAACUUUGUAUGAAGAAUGUUUUGUGGAAAUAAGAACUUCUUGCUCAA